CAGAGUGGCUGACUGGGGCCCAGCACAUAACUCGGGGCAGUUGCAGUCUGGGGCAGCAGACACCCAGCAGACACCCAGCCACUCUGAGCUGAACUGGCAGCAUGAAGGCCCUCCUGGCCCUGCCGCUGCUGCUGCUUUUCUCUACUCCCCCUUGUGCCCCCCAGGUCUCCGGGAUCCGGGGAGAUGCUCUGGAGAAGUCUUGCCUUCAGCAGCCCCUGGACUGCGACGACAUCUUCACACAGGGCUACCAGGCAGAUGGCGUGUACCUCAUCUACCCCUUGGGCCCCAGCGUGCCUGUGCCUGUCUUCUGUGACAUGACCACCGAGGGUGGGAAGUGGACGGUUUUCCAGAAGAGAUUCAAUGGCUCAGUGAGUUUCUUCCGGGGCUGGAGUGAUUACAAGCUAGGCUUUGGCCGUGCUGACGGGGAGUACUGGCUGGGGCUGCAGAACCUGCACCUCCUGACACUGAAGCAGAAGUACGAGCUGCGAGUGGACUUGGAGGACUUUGAGAACAACACGGCCUACGCCAAGUAUGUCGACUUCUCCAUCUCGCCCAAUGCAGUCAGUGCUGAGGAGGAUGGAUACACCCUCUACGUGGCAGGCUUUGAGGACGGAGGAGCAGGUGACUCCCUAUCUUACCACAGCGGCCAGAAAUUCUCCACCUUCGACAGGGACCAGGACCUCUUUGUGCAGAACUGCGCAGCCCUCUCCUCGGGAGCCUUCUGGUUCCGCAGCUGCCAUUUCGCCAAUCUCAAUGGUUUCUAUUUGGGUGGCUCCCACCUUUCCUAUGCCAAUGGCAUCAACUGGGCCCAAUGGAAGGGCUUCUACUACUCCCUCAAGCGCACUGAGAUGAAAAUCCGCCGGGCCUGAGGGGCUGGCCCCAUCAGACCCUAACGCUCCCCUGGCUGUUCCGGGUCUCCAUGAGUGCUCCCUCUGCUGUACCUGUGUCCGCCCCUGCCCCCCAUGUCAGUUCUGUGCUCUCUUCAUACCUGCUUCUCACAGGGGGCCUAUGGCUCUAGCCCCAGCUGAUCUGUCACACCCACCUCUCAGCUAGGCCUCUGCUGCCCUCCACCUGAGGCUAUGCUGCCAGCAGCUUCCCAGGCCUCCUCUGAAAGGCACAGCCGGCCCGGACCUGCCUGGGCUCCACAUGACUUAGUUGCCUCCAUCCUAUCCCAGGAGCUGCUCUCCCAGCUUCAGGCUUUUGUAUUCCACCUUCAUCAGCUUUCUUACUAUGGGCUCCUCCAUUGGGGGCCGUCCUAGCAUGCUACUCGGAGGUGGCAGUCUGACCAACACCCAGAGUCUGCCAGACCACCUGCAUGUGACCACCAUGCCACACCCCAGCAACCCCCUGGCUGUCCUCGGGAUGCCUCUCCUCCUUCGCCUCCCUCUGACCAGCUUAUUCUCUAAUGGUGAGCACCAUGGACUCUCCCAGCCCCAUCUCACUAUCAUACUCAGUUUUCCCCACCUGCCUGCACCGGGAACCCAAAGCUCAAUGCUAAAACCACAGCUACUGCAUGCCUCCCGUAAACAGCCACCAUCAAGGUAGGCAUAGAUACCUCCCACCCACCCCAGGGUUGAGGUCUGACCAUGUUAGGAGGCAGAGAACAACUUCCGUGGGGCUGGAAGCAGGUGGGGAGUGGAGGUCUCAAUAAACCUCAGGACCCGAAGAAA